AUGGCGACUGAAGAUGUCAACGAGGGAGGCAGCUAUGAUGUCGUUUCCCGCACGUUUCCAAAAGAGAUAUGCUAUAUUGACGCGCAGAUUAAUAGCCUGUUUGAUGUUCAUCUUCAUCCUGGAUUGAUUUCCAUAAAUCUGCAUUGUAAUAACAUCUCAGAAAUAGAAAACCUCGAUGGACUUAAGAACCUUAAACAUUUGGAUCUGUCAUCCAAUCACAUUAAAAGAAUACAAGGACUUAAUGGUUUGAAGAGCUUGGUAACGCUCAACUUAUCCUGCAAUGAGUUGCUGAUUGUAGAAGGUCUCGAAAAUUUAAGGUACUGAUCAGUCUGUCUAAGUUGGUGCACUGGAACUCUGCUUUAUGGACACCCAUAUGUAAUGAACAGUUUCUUUUGUCCUGACGGAAACAAGCUCAUAUAUUUUUCUCUAAAAUGAACCUACUUAAAACGGAUACCUGGUUAAUAGAGACACUAUGGCAUGUCCUCUUGGUGUCCAUAUUAAAUGGGUUUCACUGUACGUGUAUGCUAGGUUUCGGGAAGAUUUUUUGUUAGGUUUCAGGGAAAGGUUUUUGUAGGAGGCAGCGCGGCCUAGUGGGUGGAAAGUUGGACUCCCUAGCUCAAGUCCCACCCUGACUGCUAUUUGAUUUUGUUUACGGCAGUCUUGAGUUGUACGCUGUAAAGCCAAGGUAACAUCCAUGCACAUCAGGCUGCACGAGUUGAAACAAAUCCAGCACAAGAACAAUCCAAGAGACAGGGAAAUAAAAAUGCAGUGCAUCUGUAUCUCCAUUGACCUCCCAUGGGGAUGUCCUGUAAUCUAAGACUAAAAGUCAUGGCUCAAAGUUAAACAUACCUAUGUAACUAUAACAGCAUGGCUUACUGCGCUUUUCACAAACAUGCGAACUCUAAAGUUCAAAAGCUGCCUUCUCAAUUGCGUUUUUUGCUGCCGUCAAUCAUAAUUAUGAUCACAAGCAACAAACCUUGAAACAUAGAAACACACAAAACGGAUCGAAAUCCAACAAUAAUAUUAUUACAGAUCACAAACCAUGACCUUUUGAACCAUUUAAGUAAAGUUUUGUUUCCUAAGAGGUCCGCGAAGAUGAUUGAGGGCAGCGAAAAAUGCAAGCGUCAGUUGGCCUUUGAACUUCCGGGUUCACAUGUUUCUAAAAAGUGCAGUAAACCAAAGUUUUAGGUAUGUUUUCCAAAUUGAUGCGAAAAGACUUGACUUUUUUUUACUUUGUUGUAUCUUUCAGGAAUCUAACCAAGGUGGAUCUGUCCUACAAUGCAAUUAAUAAUCUCUCAGGUUUGACAAAGCUCCAUGGGCCUGGGUUUAGUUUGCAAACCCUUUAUCUCCAAGGAAACCAGCUCAGCUCUCUAGAUCAUGUAAUCAGCUCGCUAAUUGGUUGUAAAAUGCUUAAAGAACUGGCAUUGUCACAGUAUGGAGAAGCUAACCCUGUCUGUGAGAUACCAGGUUACAGAUCAAGCAUACUCAGAGCUUUGAAAGCACUCGAAGUAUUAGAUGGACUUGAUCAGAGUGGGAAUCAAGUAGUAGUGAGAGAUAAUCUGUGGCGUAUUCCAGGUACAAUUUCUGACAACCUCCUCAAAUAAUGAUCUUUCGGUAUUCCUGUCAUCCUUGUGAAACAUGGCACAAAUAAACAGACUGAUAGAAAGGAUGUGUUGAAUAUGGUCAGACUAAACUGAUUUUUGAACCAUUGCUAGAUUCUCUUAUCGGUACACAGGGAGUCUUUAAGUUUAUAAGAAUAAGUACCUGAAUCUUAAUUCCAAGCAGAAAUUUACAAAAAGUGCUGUGACACUGACCUCACAGAAAUCUAACUUUUAAAAAAGAAUGUCCAUGUCCAAAUCCCUGGCACUUGUUUAGAUCCCUAACUCUUACUUAGAUGUCUGUUUUAGUAUGGUCUCCCUUAGGGUCAGUUUGAGCUUGAGCCACACCCUUAUUCAUCUCCCCUAGGGAUGCUCAGUGAAAAAUUAAAAUUAUUUUAAUUUUAUGCUGAGCGUCCCUGUCACUUCUAUAUAGGAGGUCCCCCCACCCCCAGGGGCAUGAUAGUCACCUACUUACUAAUCGAGCAGUUAUUGGAAUAGAUAACAGAGAAAAGUCUUAACAUCAAUCAACUUAGACGGAGGACACUGCAACAUGAAUCUUUUCUAUGUGAAUUUUUAUCUGUUAUUUGCAUCACUAAUAUAUUUGAGUUGAUGCAGGUGCAAAUUCAGAGGCAACUUUUCUUGAAGCAAAUAUGGGAAAUGGAAAUAUUAGUGACAUUUUUGCUUUUUUUUUUUUUUAAGAAAUGGAUGACUAUCUAGAAUACCUACAAUCAGAAAGUUCUAGUGAAAGCCCUUUAGUAAGUGAAUGUUACUGAAAGUUUACAAUAAUAUUUAGUUUGUUAAUUUUUUGUUAUAAUGUUAGUUAAGAUUUUACUCUUUGUAGCUAGUCAAAUGGUACCACUUGAAGGAGUGUUGUGAAAUUUUCUGCAAAAAUCACUGGUGCUCCCAGGCUUUUUCCUCUCCCGACCCCAGAACAAUAUUGCUUCUUCUGGGGUGGAGAGGGGAGAGACCUUGCAAACGAAAUUAACUCCUAUCAGUUUAUAUUCUGGUUAGUUACUCUUUCUACAUAACAUUCUUUAAUAAGUAACAUAGUGGGGGGGCAUUGCAUUUGCUUGUAAUAGUUAUUGCAACAAUCUCCCAUACUUACUUUCCAUUCUGGCAUCUGAAAACCAGCCGUGUUUGUAGGACAGCAAACCUGCUAUCUGUACUGGUGAAUGGUCACAAAGUAGUGCAGAGCAUGUAGAAAUUUGCAUUCUUGUCCUUGUAGAAAGACUCCAAAUAUGAAGUUAUUACCCCAAGAAUUGACUCAGUGCUUGAAAAAUUCCGACAGCGUGGGCCCAUCUCAUCAGAAACAGACACAGGAGAAGAAAGAAGAAUGGAAGAGUCAACAAUGGUAUUGAUAGUAUAUACUAAUUAAAAACAAACUCCUAGCUUUGUUGCUCUAGCAGAAAGAACCUCAGUCUUUGUGGCAUAGCUUUAAUUUAGAGGAACAAUUUUCUGUGGAUCUAAGAGAGUCUUGGUAACAAAGGUUUCAAACUUUUAUACACUCUCUCCCUGAAUAAUGAGAACAUGUGGAAUAUGGACAAUUGGAUACAAUGUCUCCUCAGUUUGGUAUGAUUUAGCUGGAAGUUAGGUUUGAUUUCCGCCGCUCUCUCGGUCCUCCCCAUCUGUUCCGAGGAGGAGCGCAGUGCAGGCUCAUUUCCCGAACAGGGGCUGGUAAUCGAGCCUAGCUGGAAGUUCUACUUUAAAUUAUUGUUUUUAAUUAAGGGGAUGUAGGUAAUCUAUGAUAAUUUGAUCGUCAGUCAUUUGUCGCUACUAUUUCACUUCUGUAGAAGCAACCCUCUGCUAGAGUAAGCCUGUCAGCUGAUCAUGAAGUUCGUUUAGAGACCCUUGAACAUCAGCUGAUGCGACUGAUUCAUAACACUGUAAGUUGGGUGUGGCUCAUGUUUUCUAAGCCUGAAUUCAAAUUCCACUGUGAUAGCAACCUUUGAUUAUAGACCUGGACAAGUUAGGGAAAAUCCGUCAACACCACCUUGGAAAGAGCUCCUUAAUAUUAGUAAAACUCUUUUUAAAAUAGCUUCAGAAUAUCACAAUUAUUAAGGACAUCAGAGAUUUCAGGGGUUUUGUUUCAAGCACUAGAUCUUCGUAAGAGUGUAUUUAGAACCUUUUCUGACUAAGACCUAUCCCUCCAAUGUUAGCUUCCUAAUUCUCUGUUUGUGGUGAUUCAUGCUUUUGGCACCGGAGAGGCUACGUGGCAUUGUACUGUGUUUUGUGUUCUGAACUUGAAUCUCAUCUUUGCAUACCCAGGCAUAGCUCGUAUAUGGAUUCAUAGGAUUUUAUGAGCAAAAGAUUGAAAGAGGAACGGACCUAGGUGAAGGUGAUCAAGACGAACAGCUGCCCUGGGUCUUCGAUGAUNUGAUGCGACUGAUUCAUAACACUGUAAGUUGGGUGUGGCUCAUGUUUUCUAAGCCUGAAUUCAAAUUCCACUGUGAUAGCAACCUUUGAUUAUAGACCUGGACAAGUUAGGGAAAAUCCGUCAACACCACCUUGGAAAGAGCUCCUUAAUAUUAGUAAAACUCUUUUUAAAAUAGCUUCAGAAUAUCACAAUUAUUAAGGACAUCAGAGAUUUCAGGGGUUUUGUUUCAAGCACUAGAUCUUCGUAAGAGUGUAUUUAGAACCUUUUCUGACUAAGACCUAUCCCUCCAAUGUUAGCUUCCUAAUUCUCUGUUUGUGGUGAUUCAUGCUUUUGGCACCGGAGAGGCUACGUGGCAUUGUACUGUGUUUUGUGUUCUGAACUUGAAUCUCAUCUUUGCAUACCCAGGCAUAGCUCGUAUAUGGAUUCAUAGGAUUUUAUGAGCAAAAGAUUGAAAGAGGAACGGACCUAGGUGAAGGUGAUCAAGACGAACAGCUGCCCUGGGUCUUCGAUGAUAGCAGGAAUCCUAGGCUUUUGAUAAAAACAAAAUAAUGUUAUUUCGACAUUGACAGUUCACGAAGGGGGAUACAGAUAGAUUUAUUGCAACAAAUGACCAAACAUCUGUUCCAUUUUAGGAAAGGACACAAGUUUCAAGUCAUAAUCUCAAAAAGACACCUAGGAAGGGUAGGUCGCAAAAUGGUCGUUUCGAUACGAAUUCAAGCAGUGAAAUAGUUUUCGCGUGAACAAGAAACACAUUUUGCGUGAAUAUUCUUCGUUCGUUAAGCCAAGGACGUGAAACUAUUUCGUUGUAAACUUGUACCGAAACGACCGUUUGUUUCGAAACAACCGGUAACCGGUAGGUCUGGUUUCGUUAGUAAAAUAAAUUGACUUUUGGUUGGCGUUUCAUGAUACUAAAUUCGCUACGGUGUAAAGUAGAAUUUUUCUUUGUUGUUUUGUAUUUACGCAGGGUAAAUGAGAUGUGCAAACAACACAACCCUUCUGCGAAGAAAGUAAAAAAAUCUUUGAAUUGCAACCCCAGUCGUAUCUUUCAUGAAAGCCUCCUUAGAAGUACUUUUCUAGGGUUUGCCUAAGACCCGAAAUCUGGAAACCCCACGCUGAACGCCGAAUGACUCUGAAGUUUUGUGAUUAGCGUUAGGAAACUGAGUGAAUCAGGUUCCAUUUAGAUUAUUAUACCGGACAAACCGACCUGAAACUUGAUUCACUCAGUUUCCUAACCCUUAUCACUAAACUUCAAACUCAUUCGGCGUUCGGUGUGCGGUUUCCUUUUUCUAGAAAUACGUCGCUCGCAAACCCUCGGAAACUGCGUGUGGCACUCACCUAUGAUAAACUUGAACCUGAAGAUGAAAAGGUAGCCUGCGUCGGAGGAAAGGAAAUAGAAAAAAAUUGGAAUCCUUUCCGAAAAGCCCGAUUUUCAAAUCCUACAGUAGCUGGUUGGCUCUUAAUCCAACAGUUUUCCGAGUAUGAAGAUGAUUCUUUGUUAACUUUUUUUAUUAGAAAACAGCAACUCAGAUGAUUCUGAAUCAAAUGAACAACAUGAUAAAGGCGUAAAACGGGUUCAACGAUCACCUCAAACUAAGCGAAAGCAGCGGGCUCCAGUGUCAAGGAAAGGACAAGCCAAAAUNUGUAAAGUAGAAUUUUUCUUUGUUGUUUUGUAUUUACGCAGGGUAAAUGAGAUGUGCAAACAACACAACCCUUCUGCGAAGAAAGUAAAAAAAUCUUUGAAUUGCAACCCCAGUCGUAUCUUUCAUGAAAGCCUCCUUAGAAGUACUUUUCUAGGGUUUGCCUAAGACCCGAAAUCUGGAAACCCCACGCUGAACGCCGAAUGACUCUGAAGUUUUGUGAUUAGCGUUAGGAAACUGAGUGAAUCAGGUUCCAUUUAGAUUAUUAUACCGGACAAACCGACCUGAAACUUGAUUCACUCAGUUUCCUAACCCUUAUCACUAAACUUCAAACUCAUUCGGCGUUCGGUGUGCGGUUUCCUUUUUCUAGAAAUACGUCGCUCGCAAACCCUCGGAAACUGCGUGUGGCACUCACCUAUGAUAAACUUGAACCUGAAGAUGAAAAGGUAGCCUGCGUCGGAGGAAAGGAAAUAGAAAAAAAUUGGAAUCCUUUCCGAAAAGCCCGAUUUUCAAAUCCUACAGUAGCUGGUUGGCUCUUAAUCCAACAGUUUUCCGAGUAUGAAGAUGAUUCUUUGUUAACUUUUUUUAUUAGAAAACAGCAACUCAGAUGAUUCUGAAUCAAAUGAACAACAUGAUAAAGGCGUAAAACGGGUUCAACGAUCACCUCAAACUAAGCGAAAGCAGCGGGCUCCAGUGUCAAGGAAAGGACAAGCCAAAAUUCGCAGCAAGCCAUCAGUCGCUUUUGAAUCAACAAGCUCUACAUCACCGACAGAUGAACAAACCCGGAAACUUGCAGUCAAAGGAAAAUCUGUGAGAGUCAGAGACCCUAAAGAUGAUGAGACAUUUCUGGUCAGUGUUUCGGGGGGGAGGGUACUCCCAUAAAUUUUGGAUAGGUGUGUGCCGCCCAUAGCCCUCAACGAACCCAGUCCCUAUAGGUAGGAGAAGUCGUCACGUCACGUUGUGUUAGCCAUAUUUCUCGAUCUCAACAAACCGUGGACUCAUACUUUUCUUCCGUCGUUCGACAAUGCAAAUGACCGUCACUAUCAAGAAAGAUUGUUGAGGUCCAGAAAUAUUGCUACCAUGGUAACGUAACGUUACACUCCUAUUUAAGGAUGAGACAAACGAAAAUUUAUACCCUAUAAACCCGAAACUGGCACCCUAGGGAAAAACAAAAACUAAUUUAAACCUUCAUUAAAUCACUUUCCUAAUACUCUAAGUUAAAGUUCAGUUUUAACAGAUGAUUUGUUUCUCGUGUAGCUGGACACUUACGCACUUGAAUUUAAGCUUACACCGUGAAUUUAGGUACUCUAUCUAAGGAUCAUAAGGAGAACACAAUGCCAUGAUACCCUAAUUUAGGAUCGAGACCCUCAUACUUAUCUAGUCCAAAUUUUACUGAUCUCCGUGCACAAAUUGAGAAACUGAUUCAUAAGUUGAUGUGCUUUUGGAAUAUUUGUGUGCUUACAGUUUCUUCGUUUUCUUUCGAACGUCUUUCAGUCUCCUUUGUGACACAACCUAUUCUUUCUCUUCAGAGUACUGUUCAGUCUCCAAUCUCGUUAAUAUGCCGACACUUAAUCAAACCAGUCUUGCAACAAAUCAGGCUGUUGCAAGUUGGGUGAAUAACGACUUCUGAUAGGCUAAAAUUACGCGGGAGUCAUAAAUAUACUCAAGAGUGACUCACUUCUAACAGGUUUGCCUUGGGCUGGUAAAUCGUGCAACUUGUACUGAUUUCCUGCGAGAUGGAGAACCGCUCUCUACUUUCUGCAACAAGUUUUCGCAACCUCAAUGAUUUUAUGAAUACAUUAUAAAUUUUCUUCCCUGUCUUCUUUAUUUUUAGUCGCUGAUCCAAGAAUUAGAUUCCGAGCGUGAAAGGCGGUGGAAAGCUGAGCAAGCUGCAAGGAAAAUGGUAGAUGCAGUGAAAGAGUUACAGUUAAGAGGUUCGUUUGUGGAACAAGGGUGGCGCAGUGGUGAAUGAGAGCACUCGCCUCCCACCAGUAUGGCCUGGGUUGAGUUUAUUAUUUAUUCUCUUCCUUGCUCCGAGAGGUUUUUCUGCGGGUACUCCGGUUUUCCCCUCUCCUUAAAAACCAACACUUCCAAAUUCCAAUAGGCCAUUUUACAGUUAUGGAUGGAAGCGAGGUUGAGGGUGACCUUGUUUUGAUACAAACCUUCUUCGCUUUGUUAUGGAAAUUGUUCUUGAAAAAUACAAGUAAGCAUAAGAAUAACUUGAUUUACAUAAUAAAGCAAGAAGGUUAGUAUCAAAACAAGGUCACCCUCAGCCUCGGUUCCAUCCAUAACUGUAAAAUGGCCUAUUCGAUCUAGAACGCACGGACACGUUUCAACGAGUUCUUAUGAAUUCCUAAGUGCAAUUUCAAUUGACCACUCCAGAAAAUACCAUAACAUACCAUAAUACUCUUCGUUGGUCACUCCAAAAUUUUGCAUAAGCAUUGUUUUCAGUUUCUCUUGGGGCCAUUUUAACUUCCAAGAGAAACUGAAGACAAUGCUUAUGCAAAAUUUUGGAGUGACCAACAAAGAGUACUGUGGUAUGUUAUGGUAUUUUCUGGAGUGGUUAAUUAUGUUCUCGUACCCCUUUGUAAAAUUGGUAGUGAAAAUGUUACAGAAUUCUCUGCACGUGAUCUCCAUGCUGUGUGAUUAGCUAUGAAAUCUGGCGCCACUGCUUUUAACCACUCAGAAAUAAAACUGAACCCAGUCCUGACUUGCUUGAACGGAUUUUCCCGCCCUUUAGGUCGUUGUGAUGUAUUUGCUUCAAAAUUGUGAUCGGUUCCUUAAAUUAUCUGCACCUCUUUUGAUUGGCCAAAUGAAUUCAUUGUACACUGUCUUUUCAUUGACAUUCUUUCGUUGUUUUCAUACUUUGUAGCGGGUCGUUCUUCCUCCACGCCCAAUUUUUUAUGUUUUUACAGUGGAACCUCGAUAUUUGCUUGAAGACAUGUUGCUUCAGCAGCCAUAUUGCUUGCUAAAGCAAGUGGGGUCAUACGGUAAAAUAUGUGAAAAAGAACCUAGAUAUAUCGAAACCUCGCUAUAGCGAACAUAUUUUGCCAGUCCCUUAGCCCUUCGUUAUAUCGAGGUUCCACAGUAUUCAGAUUUUUACCCGGGUGGUUUGUGUAAAUGGCAAGUACUCCUGAUAACUCACGCGUUUUUGGAUUUUGCAAACAGAGGCCGAGGAAAAGAAACUGCGAGAAGCUUCACUGGCGGCCAGCAGUCGGUUAAAACGUGCUCUGCUUAAAGAAAAGGAAGCCAAAGAUUCUCUACAGAAAGCUCUAAAUGAAAUACAGGCAAGAGGAAUAUGUUUGGUUCAUGUAUCACUGAAAAUUAAAACGAUCUGUUUCAGCCCUAAAGUGCCAGUUCAGCCCUGCCGGCCAAAGUCUGAUUCGGGCCCUCCUGGAGCCAUUUGAGCACAAUUUAGGCCAAAACAGCUCAAUCAAAAGGCUAUUCCAGCCCACGCCGGUGCCCAUUUCAGCCUUUGGCUCCAAAUCAGCCCUAGUUUAUUGACCAUGAUCAAGGGAGCCAAAUUAGACUCAAAAAUAGGACUGUGUUUUAGUCACCGAAACGGCCUCAUUGCAGCUCUCCUAACGCUAAAAGCCAAUUGGUUUGAUAGCCUAACCGUGAAACAAUGGGAAAUAACGAUAAACAGUGAUGUGUUACUGUUUUCUGCGACCAAUGAGGAAACGCCUUUCGAGCAGCUCCUACAUUACUGCAUUUUUAAUGCUAAAACAGAUCUUUCUGCUUUACAGUGUAUUUUUAAUGCGGUUAUCUGUUACAUGCAUUUACUUCUUGAAAGCCUUCUCUGUUUCUAUUUUUUAAAUAAGGGAGGGUAGGCGUCUUAAAUUUACCAGAAACAUUUUCCAUGUGCUGAAGAGAAUCCCGUCAAAGGAAGUUGAAAACCACUAGAGAUAGCUUAGAAAACAGCAUUUCAUUCCUUUGUAGGGACAAAAUAUUGAGCUUAAUGAAGAGGUAAAACGACUCAAAGAUAGUGAAGAAGAUCAACAGAGAGCUUUGCGAGCAUUAGAGCAGGCUACAACGAAGAUGGAGACCGAAAAGAUUAAACAACACGCCGAGGCGGUUAGUAUUUAUCCAAUCCUUUUUUGGUAAGAUAUAGUGGACAAUUUUUAGCAACAGUUAUAGAAAUUCAGGGUGCGCCAAGGAAAACAUGUUUAAGAAUGCGCGGACAUUUCAUGCCCCCUUCUUUUACAGAUUUAAGGUGAUGUUACGCUAGACGAUUCGCAAGGACAAUUUUUAGCGCAACACAGCGUUGCAACAUUGUUGCGACAUUGUAUCGAAUGUUUACAACACUGUUCCAACAUUACAGCUCUGUGUUGUGCUAAAAUCGUCGUUGCGAAUGGUCCCGUGUAACAUCACCUUAAAGAUCUUGCUCGUUGGUUAACACAAGGGCCUUGAGAUUUUUCAGCCAAUCGCCAAGCGGUGAAAUAAAACCAACCAUGAACCAAUCACGUGAGUCAAAUCACGUGUUUUUCGUCGAGUGCAAGCAAGUCACGACUCACUAUUGAUUUUAGUUUGAUUAUGAUUGGUUUAACUCAGCCAAUCGCGAAGCGUAGUAUUCCAAAGCCAUACUUAUCCACGUGAUUGAUUUCCACGACUGUGUUGUUGCAGGUUUCCCAGUUACAACGUGAACAGAUGAAAGUUGGAGCCUUAACAAAAGAGACAGAGUUGUUAAAACACUCAGUUAAGCAGCUGAAGGGCCAAGUUCAUCAGCUACAAGAGCUGCUUGCAAACAGAGAACAGGAACACAGGUAAAUGUACUUUGAACAAUCUCAUCAUUCUAAAGAUCUACAAAAAUCGGCCGAAAGUUAGCGCUCUUAAACAUUAGCUUUUGAGUCGUCCUAACUUUCAGUGACCGACUGUCUUCAACAACGCCAUCAUCCGUUAUAGCGUAGUCCACAAGGACCCUGAGUGCUCAGGUGUCUCCUGAAAGGAGGUUAAACCUUGGUGUCGGGAAUCAGUAAACUGUUCCUCGGCCCUGAACAGAGGUCUCCCUUCAAUAGAGGUAAGAUUAUGGGUGCUUUCCAUUAUGCCAAAAUUUUCGGAAAUUUCGGUCGAGAAACAAAUGGAACGUGGAAAUUUUCCGUUCAAAGUGGUCCACCUUCAGAGGUGGUCCUCUUUGACCGGUCGGUUCGCUUUGUCCGAAACUUGCCGUUCCAUUUCCAAAAAUUCUCGUUCCCAGCCCUACUUUGCUAGGCAGUAGUCAAAAUUUCGGUCGAAAUGUAAAUGGAUCGCUUGAUUCGAUUGGAAACUUUCUUUCAACUGAAAAAUGUCGUUCCAUUUUCUCUAGAUAAUUCCUCUGGUUUCUAACUGGUUUGUUUGGCAAAUGGAAAGCACCCUAUAUGAACAUUUUUCCUGAUCCAAUUUGGUGUCCCUUGAAUGGACUUGUCCCUUGACUAGAGGUCCACUCUCUCUCCCUCCCCUCCCCUUCCUGUUUAUUCAUAUCAGAACCUGUUGUUUGACCCAAAACCAAAACAGUUACUUUGGUAGCCUCCCACACAGACGUUCUUAGGCGUUCGUCAUCAUUCCCCCCCGAACGCCUAAAAACGGCUGCGUGGGAGCUAUUACUUUGGUCAGUUGUAAUAGAAUCAGUCCAUUAAAUAAAGCAAUGAGAUUUUGAGUCAUAAAAUGAAAUCGGCCUCGAGUGUUGGUACCCAACAGUAUGAAAUACCGUACAGUACAGUCUGCCCCAAAUAACCAUACGGGCUAAAGAGAAAGGGCAGCCAUACUUAGGCGAUUCCCAUACUUAAGGAUAUAGGUUUACUUCUGAUUGGUUUAGAAGUGUUGCAAGUGAUUUUUCAGCCAAUCACGGAGAACAGAACAUGCACAAAUUAUUCUUAACACAUGACUGAAAGCGUCUCUAAUUGCGCAAUGCGAAAUAUUCUGAAUAAUGCGUAUAGACUACCUUUUCUUUCUCACUUGCUUCGUCCCUUUCAGAAAAGCUGUAGAAGGACUGGUACGAGUUGACAGUCAGGAGGUACAAGUCAUUGUGGAUCGGGAGGUCGCUAAGAAAGAGACUCUCCAUCAGCAAUUCAUUAAAGAAUAUCAAGACAAGUAAGAAACCAGUUAAACCGGUUUUGAUGUUGCAAAGUAAAUUAUGAUGGUAACGUGGUGCGAUCAUGUCUUUGUGAAGUGCUUGUGCUGUUUCUGAAAAGACAAAAUAUUUGUAAUCUAUUAAGGUCAGACUGAAUGCUCUAGCAUUUCAACUACAUGACGUUGGUGCCCAGUUUAACAGUGCUUCUGAAUGGCUGGCCUCGAGAGAUUUUUCCCACUUGUUUGUUCUUCGUGUAGCUUCCCACGCAGGGCUCUGUCACGCGUUCCUUCCCAACGAAAGUUUGUGUAAUAGGGAAGGAAUACAAGUCCAGCGCCCUAACUGCUCGGCCACGCUGCUUCCGCGUGCGGCUGGCAAUUCACAUGUCUGUUAUAUACUAAAAAAAGCAAUCACCUUAUUUACGUCGGUGUCAAUUAAAGUACAAGAAGUUUAAACUUUUAAAUGAUCUACAUUUUCGUAGGUUAAAUAAGCGUGACCUGGAAUAUGCUGCACUCGAAGAUGAGUUUAGGAUGGGUCUUCAGAUCGAAGCCAAUCGCUUUAGAGAGGUGGGUCACGACUUUGAAAAGCAUUUUUAUCAGUUCAUGAAAAAUCUGAAGUAUUGUUUUUUCCGUCAAUUCAUAAUCUUAAAGCCAAUGAAUGGGCCAAUCAAAAUUUAGCUAGCACAAACGAAAUCAAAUCAGUGUGUUUUUCGUUUGUGGCAACGUAAUUCAUAUGUUGCUCCAAGAUCUUAAAUAGCUGCAGUGUAGUUUUAGGCUAUGAUAAGAAAGUGCCAUCUGAUCGUCAAUCAACUUUCUAAGUGCGUUUUUUAAUACUUCAUUUCAGUUCUAUUCCUACCUUGCAAAAUAUGAAUACUUUACUUACAGAUCACCCAUGAUGCACCUUGUUUACCCCCCGAAAUUUUGCAUAAGCAUUGUUUACAAUUUUUCUUGGAACGGCUGUAAUACCCAGGGGAAAUGAAAACAAAGGUUAUGCAAAAUUUGGGGGGAAGGGGGCAAAUAAGGUGCAUUAUAGGAGAUGUGCAAGUGACGUAUAGGCCAGUUCCGCAUUCCAAAAAUUCUCACUUUCAAAACGAGGCUAAGUGCAAAAACUUUCUUGUGAAGACGAGUUUUAUUUGCAUGAGAAUAAAAAAUCAUUUUCUCAUAAUUGGCUGCGCACUUAGGUUAUGUUCACACGGUACCGGAUGGCUUUUCAUGCCGACAUAGAUGCUAUCUGUUAUAGUGUGAACGCUUAUCCAAUAUGUGACUCUCCACUUCUGAGAUCGGCGCGGCUCAGCUUCGCACCAAAAUCACCGUUCUUACGUGUGAACAGAAGCCCUAUCCUGUAUGAUUUUCGUGCCGGCGCAAGAGCUAUCCAGCGUAGUGUGAAUGACUUAACCUCGCUUUAAAAAGAGGCUUGGCGCAACUCGGAUAUGGCCUAUGGUUUAAAGCCUACACGUUUCUUUUUUCUUACUAAACAGUUACAAGACGCUUUUCAGCGAGUAAGUGAUGAAAGCGCUCAACAAAAAGAAGCUCUACAUGUUCUUAAACAAAAGGAAAGCAAAGCCACAAACAUGGUCACUGAGCUGACGGCGGUAAGGUUUCUUGAAUACUAGUUAAGUCUUGGGGAGCCAGAGAUCACUUUUCCAGGCCGACAGAGGCUCUUAUUCGUGAACCAAAGCUUAAGAGAUGAUGAAAACUGACAAAUAAACAAUAACCCUCAUGCAUGUUUACGUCAUACGAGCAAGUUUCAUCCCCAAGCCUCGUUUUCAAAUUGUAAAGCUGCGGAGUUUUGCAUAAAUGAAUUCCUAAGGCAAUACUUUAGAGCUGAAUAGAGUACCAACGCAAAGAGAGCGCAAGUGCGAAGAAUUUUGCUUACAAACGAGGCCUGGCUGGGAUGUUACUAAAACGAGGAACGGGGAGCGGGGAACCGGAAAAUGAAAAAUGGGAACAAAGCCUAACUUGAACCCUAGCCCUAUCAGUAAAUUCUCUCCAAUUCUUUGUUUUGUUCCCAUUCUCCCGUUCCCCGUUUUAGUAACAUCCGGCCUGGUGGUGAAAUUUGCUCAUAUGACGUAAUCAUGCAUAAGGGCCAUUCAAAAGAAGAACGCACGUGGAACAAUAGUAAAUCCGCCCUGAGUAAAAGGUUAAAAGCCGAGCGCGUUCCGUUUCUCCCCUUGCCGGCCAUUCCACCCGCCACCUCUAAAGGGGCCCCGGCGGGAGAUAGGAUGAAGUGAAUAAAUUUGUUCGUUUUUUCUCUUCCUCACUCCUUGCACGCUUCCUUCUCCCCUUUAUGUCCCAGUCUUUGAGCGUUUUUUUAAAUUUCUACGGUCUUAAAAAUGGAAUAUAAGAGAGCUCCGAUAAAUGAAGAGAACAAGUAACAGGCAUUCUAGGCAAGAGAAGGAAAGAACUCUUAAGAUGUACGCCAACAAAAGUUAAUAAAUUUAAAGUUUUAUCAUGUGAUGAGGGUUUGUCUUUUCGCUUUUAGCGGGCACUAUAUCUAUAAAAAGUGAAGAUAAGUUACUAAGUACUGCAGGAUGUUCUUUGAUGUCAUGAUAGCACAUGGUCCUUGUGAACUCCCUCGAGAUAGUAUUUUGGUAUAAAAAAGAUCACUUAUUUCAAGGUUUGCAUACUGCUGCAAAAAUUACGAUUUUUCCUGUGUUUGACUCCCCUUACUUCUGUUUGUAUGUUUUCUUGGAUUUAGAUGGUGAAGGAACAGCGCGGAAGACUUACAGAGCUUUCAAGAGGAAGACAGGAAAUAGUCGGUGAUUACAAAGUAUGUUUAAAUUGAAACAAGUUACUACAUAAGUCAAUAUUACUUCAGGAUAUCGUUUUUAAAACGAUCGUAGCCUGCAGUGAUAUGGACCAACCCGAGAAGCAAUCCUCAAGUACAUGGGCAAUCCAACCCUGGCACUUGAGUUGCCUAUCUAGCUGCAUAGCUGAGCAUCAUCGUCUCAUAGUAGUCUUAAUUUUUUGAGGAAUUGCCACGCCAUUAACAUAAUGGAAGUGAGGAAUGAGUCACUUCUGCUCAGGGGUAAUCUAAUUCCCAGGGGCAAUCACAAUAUCUGCGGGAUUAGUCUAUCUUCAGGUACCGUAUUUCCUCGAAUAAUCCCACCCCCCACCCCUCUCGCCAUCUUCUCUUUCGUUUAUCCCCUCCAUGUCAAGUUGAAAUAGAAUCUGAUCUACACGGCCGGCUAUUAUUCGAGGAAACACGGUACUAUCGAGAGAUAAUUUCAUGCAUCUCGGGGGUAUUAUAACAUUCGAGGGUUGAUUAUUUCAUCCCAGGCGUAAUGUUAUGAUCGAAAGAGUAAUCACUACUGCCCAGAAGUAGUCCUAUUCGUCCAGCAGUGGCGCACGCUUUAUCAUCUCUUUUUUAAUGCUUACCUUUCUUGCAGGAAAGAAUUCAAAACUUAGAGAAGCAGUUGAGCGAAGCUAACAAACAUCUAUCAAGACUGGAAGUACUAGAACAGGUUAGCGUAAUCUUAAAUGCAAACUCAGAAUUCUACACUGUAGUUCGAUUGCAACAAAACGCUUUAAGAUAUAAAAAUAGAAGGAAAAAAAAUGUGGAAUUAUACUUGAUAAGGGAGAGAUGAGUAGUGGUCAAAGGAGCAAAUGUUGUCGAUGUGGCCACUCCUCAAAGUUUGUUGUUGUUGUUGUUGUUUAACUGCUGAAGUGCUGUUCCAUAUAAAUUGUAGGAUAAAUCUAAGUUGUCAGCCCAGAUACGUGCUCAAGGAUCAGUGAUUGAAGGUUUGAGAUCGGAGAGAAAGCUAUGGAGCGAAGAGCUUGCACAACAAGGUAUAAAAAUAUCAACUUAGAAAAGAAGAAGAAUUGCAAUAAGUGGUUUCCUUUGUGUGGGCUUUUGAAUUAUUUCGGAAAGCAGAACUUUCGUACAGGGUUCGCACGCCCCUCGAAAGUCCUUGAAUUUCGGUGCUAACUUUAUCCAACCCAGCAAACACAGAAAGACCUUUUAAUAAUAAUAUUGCUCCUGUUGUGGAAGAAGAAAAAAAGACGUAGACUCAAGACUCGUUUUUGCACUGAAUGGCAUCCUUGAAAAAUGGGAAAUGUGUCCUUGAAAAGUCCUUGAAUUUGUUGUUCAAAAAAGGGUAGGAACCCUGUCUUUAAGAAUUGUUAAAGAGUACGUAGUUUGUUCCUGUGGAGUUGUUUAUAAAGGCUUACAUAAGCAAUUUUCGUCCAAUGUUAACAGGGGCCUCACUUGCUCAGGAUCGCGGAAGAAUGGAGGCGCGCAUUGAAGCACUUACUGCUGAGGUCAGCGGACUCAAAAAAGAGUGCCAGGUGAAUUCUUUAACGGCGUACGUAAUUGGCCAUUUCGGAGUUCGUAAAUCUCUCGCUUUUAGAACGAGGCUAAGUUCAAAACCUUUCUUGAGACAAUGAGUUUAUUUGCAUGCGAAUAAAAAUUUCAUCUACAUCUUAAUGACUUCGCACCGAGCCUCGCUUGGAAACUGAGGGUUUGGGCAAAUCGGAAAUGGCCUAUUACGUUGGGGCACGCUUUUAUCUUUUUUUCGUUCCUAUACGAGCACUGAAACUCAAGCUAGGUUUAUAAAGGUGCCCCAGAGACGUAAUUUGUUACUACUCCCCCUGGACCGGUAGUCCAUCGCACAGUUAUUCCAGCACUACUAAACUGCUCGGAUAACUUUGCGAUUACAGCUGGGCAGGUGGGGGAGGGGGUCUGCUUAGGGGGUUACUUGUACUCCCAGGUGCUUCCUGCUACUGAAACUGGAAUAAUCUCCGGGUUUGCAUGCCUCAUGUCUUGCCUUGCAUGAGCUAAUAAGUAGAAGAUUGGAUUACAGACGAAACAGAUACGCAGACUGCUUCUGAACAAAUCGAAUCAUUUCUUAUUUUCUAGGUACAUUGAGCAAUCCAAAUAUAGUUCCUCGUUCCUCAUGUUUUUCAGUCUCAGAAUAAAGGAAAAAUUCUACCUCUGAGUAAGCAUUCAUAAUUUACCUAGAGGGUGGGCUAUGAUGAUUUUGAGAGGGGGUCACUCUUUUUCCCUACUAUGAUUUAGGGGGGGGGGCUAUGAUAUUUUCCUUUGAUAAAUCAACAUCUCUUGAGGGGGGCAGAAAAAAAACCCUUAGAUGAUCAGGGGGGGGCUUCAAAAAAAUGAAAGGAAAAAAUAAGGAAAUCAUCAUAGCCCACCCUCUAGAUAAAUGAAUGCUCCCUAAAAGCCGUCACUUUUAAAAAGGAAAUAUGACAAGGUCUCCAAAAUUCUUAUCUAUGCAAUCGCCGGCUUGGAGACGGCUUAGAAGUGACGUUUCCAAUUCAGCUUAUAGCUUUAAAGUGAAGAUAACACCUUUCUGUAAAAGGUCUCUUUUACAUUGAACCUUAGCGGCAAUGACUGAUCACAACAGAACUAAACUGCUUUUGCUGUUAAAAGUUAAGUUUUGUAAAAUUGUAAUAUGGUUUUGAUCAUUAUUUAUUUCAGAGUGCUAAUGAAACGGUAGCCAUCAAGACCAAAGUAAUAGAGGACCAAACAGACUCCAUUAAAAAACUCAAACAGGUUAGACUAUGAGCAUAAUAUCCCCGACGGUAUUCCAAGGCUAACUGAAUUUAGUGAAAUCCAACUAGUGGUCUAGUGGGCCGGCUUUGAAAACCGAUACAAUGGCGGCUAAAUCGUGUUUUGAUAGCUACGUUGUUUUCUUUCGAUAUUUUUGACCAACCAGUUGGAUUUCACUAAAACAAUUAUUCCUCUCGCCCUUAUGGCUUCUUAGUCAAUAGCCCAUUCUGGCUCGAAGAAUAAUUGUUAAAUAUUGGGCGUGGUAUGUUAACUAUGCUGUAUUCGGAAAUUCGGUUCAUUGCACUGUACUCUUUCGCAUCGUUGUCCGUAGCAGAAGUUGAAAAGUGGGAGGACAAAAAACUCGGUUGGUUGUGGUUCGUGUUUAUGCGCAACCGUGAAUGGAGUCAGUAGGGGACUUUUCCUGCUCCGCGCUAGACUGUUCACAGUCCCUUGAUUUUCCGUAAGAUCACCCGACGUCCCCGGUCCCUGACGCCCGUCCCCUUGGUACAUAUGAAACCAAGAUGGCCGCCCGUACCCGAGAGCGCUCGAUCCUAACGAUCUUACGACAAAAUAGGGGACGGUGAACAGUCCCGCUCCGCGCUCUUUCCGCACGCCUCGCUGCGUUCAAUGACUACUGCCCUUCUACUGUUACUUCAUAUAAGUCUAAUAGAAUUUCUUUUACAAUGGAAAUACGGAUGGGAUGAGAUUGGGGAAACUAAGCCAACCCGACUGACCGGGCGUGUCUUUUUCUUGGCUUUUUAGUUCUUAUUUUUUUCACGCAAAUGAAAAGUACUAUAUCGAGAGAGUUGACCAAUCUGAUAAUAAAAGAGUAUACUAUAUUAAUAGUCCAGUUUCGAAUUAAAAGUUACCGCUGAAUAUAAACAUUAACGAGACAUUCAUACAGGGUUAGCCUCGACGUAAAGUAAAAUAUUCAGAAAUUCUGGCAAGUAAGUGUUUGAAAUUUGAAUAUACACAAUAGACAGAGUAAUAAACAGGUCUUUUUCUAGUUAGAAUUUGUGAAUAUAUUACUUCAGAUUGAGGCUAAGGCUGUAAAAAAUGCGUCUUCACUUCUUUAAUUCAGGGGUCAUAGCGAACUCGAAAAUGGACUAUUGAACGAAAGAAACAGGCUAACAUUAAUUAGAAUAAUAAAUCAUGUUGAUCUUAUUCAGAAACUCGCUGAUCAAGACUCAGAUUUGCGCCAGAAAGCAGAAGAUAGCAAAGAGCGGGAACGAAACCUCGAACAGCAGUUAUCUGCCGAGUCUGCUGCUAAUCAGGAACUGCAGGUCAGGUCCCUAAUACUUCUUAAACUGUUGUAAUACUCUUUAAGUAGAGAUCGGGGGUACGGUUGGGGGUACUUAACCGUGUUAAACGCUCAGGCAACGCCCCAUAGUUGAAACCAUUUACGCUUUUAUGCACCACUUCGGGAGAAGUAGUCCAUUUCACUUGCCGAGUAAUACCUUAAGGUACUUAGCCGAAUUAGCCUCUGUCAGGCCAUUGAGACACUGAGUUUCCGUCGCUUUAUUUUAGGAACAAGUGGACGCGCUUAUCGAUCGUAAAGAAUCGCUCAAACAGGAACUAAACAAAACACAGGAAGAACUACAAACAAGCAAAGAGAAUCACAGGUGUGUAAAGUGAAUCUUAUUCGAUGGCCAUGACUGGUUUGACAGGUCUCGUUUUUACUCGCUUGCCAAGAAGUGUAAAUGACUUUGAAGCUAAUCAUGUAGGCUUGCUGUCAUCAGUUUGAGGAGCAGGUUACCGCAUAGAGAAAAUAGAGGUCUUUAAGAGUUGCCAGUGGUCAGUCGUAUCUUUUCGUUGGUCGUAGUUUGCGCGUGUUUUUUAAGGAAAGGUGGGUGAAAACAGAGAGAAAGAUAGGGAGAGACACCACCUUUGCGCUCUUCGCGCGAGAAUCCACGACUGCGGUGCUGAGUACCUUCGGAUCAGCGAUUUAAGGUGUAUAAGAUACAAACUCACAGCCUUUUGAAGGUCAUACAAUUACGUAUAGACUGAACAAAGUAGUGUUAAUUAUCCCUCGUUGGCUAGGGAUCAACAAUUCUGAUUGUAGAGAACUAGAGGAACUAGAAUUAAAACCGUCCCUUAUUUUUCUUUCUCUGAGUUGAUAGGGCCCUAAAGCUUAAAUGGCAGGAAAAGAGUGAACUCAUCGGAAGGAUGGAAAAGGAAGUUGUUGAAAUGCGAAACAGCUUUAAAGAAAAAGAGAAAACACUAACUGAAGAGAGAGACAAAGCUAUUAAAGCAGCUGAGUACGUUUAGCAUUUUUUUGUUCGAUCAUAGUUAGUAGAGGAGACUGGUUACUGGUUCAAAGUUGAAAACAACUGUUGAGUAGUUUAUGUUGGAAGCUCCCUGAACGUGCACAAUCCUUUGUGUAUUUUUGUUGGCGAAUUGUUACUGAAUAAAUUAAUGCAAUGUUUCUAUUGGUUAGUAAGUUCAAAAUGAUAGGAAUGCUAUUUAGCGUUAUGCACGGUCAGUUCCAAAAAAGCUAACAAAAACAUAUAACAAAGGAGUCUAACGAGUUUCACAACCAUUCCACUUUAAUAACUAUGGUUAGAUUAAGCCAUGGAAUAUCAGGAAAAUGAUUGAAAAUAUAAAUACAGUAUACAAACCAAGAAAGUUCGGCUACCUCUAACCCUGGGAUGUGCCGCAAUCUCCACAUACAGAUUCUCCAGACUGAUAUCAAACAUUUCGCUAAAGAGUUACUUGAGAGAAUUUGCUAAAGGAUCUAAUCAUUCACUUUGUUGAUCAUUCUAUUAAUUCUCAAAACCUUUUCUCUUGAUGAUGUAUUGUUGUUGUUGGGAGAAAAUUUAUGUUGAUUGCUCUUUGGACGUAAACGGAGCAUAUGAUUUGUCGUGGUUACUAAUUAACUGAGUAACUGUGUGCGUAUUAGACUUUCGAAAAUAAAUGCCACAAAUUUGACGGCAGAGCCGGCCUCUCUGUUCGUUGCGCCGUACUUACGAGCCUCAAAAAGGGCGAAACAGCUGUCUACGGCUACGACCCCGCGCUGUUUUUGGUUCUUUCGGUGUUGUGUUGAUGUCUUGGAAAGUUAAUUUUCACCUAGUACGAUCAGCUUUGCAGAAUUCAGUGUCUACUCAAUAUAUUUUUGCUGGUCAGGUCUUUUAUAGGUGCUACGUUUUGCGGCAUAUUCGUUUGCUGUCCUUUUCAGUUUAAAUGUCAAUUACAAUCAAGAAGCCUGAAAAAAAGGGCUUCAACAGGGUUAUAAGGUAAAGGGUCCAAAUUUCAUCUCGAUUACGAUAGCUCUAAAUAGUCAUCAUCUGACUAACUGACCUGUGGUGCUCCCUUUUUCUCCCUCUCUCCAUCAGUGCUGCGUUUCAUGGGUGCUUGAAGCUUCUUUUGUAGCUUUAAAAAGCUACACGGAAAGGAAAGAAGUCGAAACAAAGAUUUGAGGUCACAACUGGGAAUCGAACCGCGCAUUAAGGCCGCCCACAAACCAACUGUUGCCGGGCUACCAGCAUGGUGCUUUAAAGUCUCCUUUUUCUCAUCCCCUUUGUCGUCUCUCCCCAGUCUCUCACGUUCUGGAUGGGAGGAGAAGAGUUGGGAGAACAGAGACCCUGGGAAUCAACCUCGUCCCCAGGGCUUUUCCCUUAGAAAAUGGGAGGGACCGUGGAAAAGCCCUGGGGACGAGGUUGCCCGGGAAUUUGAUGGUUUCUCAUUGUUUCAUAGAAAUAAUCUUCUGUUUUGCUUUUUUAGUUCCGCUGUAGAAAGAUUGAAAGCGUGUGAUGAUGCCUUCCGCAAACAGCUUGAACAGGAAAGACAGGCUCACGAACAACAAAUUCAAACACUAACCAGUGAAAAACAGCAGGAGAUAGACCAGGCCAACGCAAGGGUAAGAUAAAAAACUAAAACUGAACAUUCAUGAACCGGUCAAACUGAGGCAAGGGUGAAGUAAAACUGCGAAAAAAAUGGCGAUUAGUGAAGUGUAAAUAAUUUGGUGGAAGCGGCCGUGAGAAAAAAGCGAAGCGCUAAUGUUGGUGACAGCAGCGCACGGUUUCUCCUCGUCUGUCUCUAGAGAUCAUCCUUGAGGAUUUGUACCACUAAACCUAAGUCUGCUGCGAAGUUUUUCGUCAGUGGAUUGUUUGAGAUCAGUUUCUUGCCGUAGGAAGUUUCUUUGAUGUAUUUGUGGACCAUUAAAGGGAACAGUAAGUUCGCCAUUUUUUUCGUGAAAUUCUCCGAGAUUAGCAUUAAUCGUCCCUUAAGGAACAGAAUCUAAUAGUGGGAUAAAAUUUAUUUCGCGAUUAACGAUGUUUAAUUCUGGCCCCAGUUGUUCAAAAGGUGCUAUCCACUGAAUAAAUCUCUAUCCACUGGAUAACGCAAAUUGAUUCCGUAAUAUUUAUCCGCUGAAUAGCGAUUCAUCCAGUGGAGAAGCUCUCCAACGUUUGAACAACCGGGGCCUUGAUUAGGACUAAUCGGUUUUCCAGGAACCGGUGCCAGGUCUGUAACAAAGUCAUGAGUUGAAAGCCCCGUGUUAUGGCCUUUUCACUCGGUUGAUAAAAGAAAUUUUCGUGCUCUCAUUUUCCUAACAAUUCCUUUCAGGUUCUAGAAGUUGAGGACGAGAUGCGCAUUCUUUUGCAAGAGAAUGCGCUGACCAAGAAGACCUUAGAACAACGGCUCAAGAAACUUAAUUCGGCAUUUACAGAAAUACAACACGAUUUAGCUGGGAAAUGAGUGUCGCCACAAACCGUGUACCC